CCGUACUCCCCGAAGAUGAUCAAUUUCACCGGUCUCGUCUCAAUUAUUCUCUUCUACGUGCUGAUCUUAGCCGUAGGAAUAUGGGCGGCGAGGAAGAAGGAGGCUGGCAAUGAUUCCGAGGAGGAAGUCAUGCUAGCAGGUCGUUCGAUCGGAUUGUUCGUUGGAAUUUUUACGAUGACAGCGACCUGGGUCGGUGGUGGGUACAUCAAUGGCACCGCCGAAGCAAUUUACACGAGAGGUCUUGUUUGGUGUCAGGCUCCAUUCGGAUACGCCCUCAGCCUCGUUUUUGGUGGUAUAUUCUUCGCGAACAAAAUGCGAGAACAGGGGUACAUCACGAUGUUAGAUCCUCUUCAAGAUGCGUUUGGCGAACGCAUGGGAGGUCUUUUGUUUCUUCCUGCCCUCUGCGGCGAGGUCUUCUGGGCAGCAGGUAUUCUGGCUGCUUUGGGCGCAACGCUGGCGGUUAUCAUUGACAUGGACCAGGGUUUAUCAGUCAUUUUGAGUGCCUGUAUUGCAGUUUUCUACACACUCUUCGGAGGUCUUUACUCUGUUGCUUACACCGAUGUUAUUCAACUGUUUUGCAUUUUCAUAGGGCUGUGGAUGUGUAUCCCAUUUGCUUGGGCAAAUCCAAAGGUACAGCCUCUUAACUCCAUGGACGUGGAUUGGAUUGGUGAAGUGAAAUCCGAAGAAUAUUGGUCUUACAUAGAUUAUGGAUUGUUACUGAUAUUCGGUGGCAUCCCUUGGCAAGUAUACUUCCAACGGGUUUUAUCCUCGAAAACGGCCGGAAGGGCGCAAGUGUUAAGUUACGUAGCUGCGGUAGGUUGCAUCCUCAUGGCCAUUCCGCCUGUUCUCAUCGGUGCUAUCGCCAAAGCAACGCCAUGGAACGAGACAGGAUAUGACGGUCCUUAUCCUUUCACCGAGGCAGAAACAAGCAUGAUUCUACCAAUGGUUUUGCAGUAUUUGACACCAGAUUUCGUUUCCUUUUUUGGGUUAGGCGCAGUAUCAGCAGCGGUGAUGUCUUCAGCGGAUAGUAGUAUCCUUUCGGCUAGUUCCAUGUUUGCCAGAAACGUUUAUAAAUUGAUCUUCCGUCAGAGGGCGUCGGAAAUGGAGAUCAUCUGGGUGAUGAGAGUGGGAAUAGGCGUGGUCGGCAUAUUGAGCACGGUGAUGGCAUUGACGAUACCCUCGAUCUAUGGCCUUUGGUCGAUGUGCUCGGACCUGGUCUACGUGAUCCUCUUCCCUCAGCUGUUGAUGGUGGUCCACUUCAAAGAAUACUGCAAUACUUACGGCAGUCUAACCGCUUAUGUAAUAGCUUUCGUUGUGAGGAUCAGCGGUGGCGAGCCACUGAUGGGUCUACCUGCGUUGAUCCACUAUCCGGGAUACGACGAAGAAACAGACACCCAGGCGUUCCCCUUCAGAACGAUGGCGAUGCUAAUCUCGUUGGUGACAUUGAUAGGCGUGUCGUAUGGUACACAGGUAGCCUUCCUUACCGGUAGGCUAGCACCUGGAUAUGAUGUCUUUAGGUGCGUGGUCAAUAUACCGGAAGACGUUGAAAGAGUCGGCCCAGAUCCGGCGGAAGGUGAACAAAUGGCUGUCCUGGCUGCCGGUAUUGGUAGACUUUACGGUAGUAAGGACGAAUCGAACGGUCGAGUCAAUCCUGCGCUCGAACCGGACUACGACAUGGAGCCGGGAUACAAGAUGGUUGGGGAACCGGACAGCGUCGUUGGCGGAGGCGGUGGUGGCAGGGGUGGAGUUCACCUGGUGCCCCAUGGACCGAACGUGCAACGACAACCGCAAUCCAGCACCGCAUUCUAAUUCCUGGUUCCGUGAUCGGAUGCUG